AUGGAUAGAUCAAAUGAGCAAGGUGCAAAGUCCAAAGCUAACGAUCUGCCUGGAUUAAUUAUGCGGUCUACAUUGGAGAUGACUGACAUCAAGGCAAGAAAGUAUCUGUACUUAAAGCUAGUUCGAAGCAAUCUUGCGUAUACAUCCCACGUAUUGUGUCCACAAUCUGUACACAGUUAAUUCAAAAUAUUGAGACGAUGCAGAGAGGGGCAAGUACCAAGUUUAUUAUUAAUCUUGGGUUUGUCACCAACAUACCAUAUCUAUCAAGACUACAUAAUCUAUACCUACUACCCAUAACUUACUGGCACGAGUACCUGGAUAUAUUCAUACUCUAUAAAAUCAUUAACAACAUAUUGACGACAGUGCUCGGCUGGUUAUAUCAGGAUCAGGAAUCACUAGAAGUGAAACCAACAACAAUUGAAUUAAAUUAGCCUUUCUCACACCGCCAUUUUUGGGUGGCAUUUCAGCCAAAGUCUGUGAGAUAAGUUCACAUAACAGCGAGUUUUUAUAUUUUUCUGGACAAGUGAUGGUAAAUUUGCUUUGUAAAUGGUUAGUUUAUUUUGAAAAAUUGCUUUUCACAUUUUUUUAAUUGUCUGUAUUGGUUAACAAGUAUCAGGGGUGGAUUUAUAGGGGGUUCACAGGGUUGUACACCCAUGUUGGCCCUAGUCAACAGGGGUGCAAAGGGAAAACUUUUUGAAGUCAAACUGAAGCUCGCAAUUCAUUUCUAGGGUUCUAAUUUUCAAAAUUUCCCGGGGGCAUACCGCUGGACUCUCUAGGAAACUUGCGCCUUUGGCUAUCAAGUCAUUAGGAAGCCAAUUCAUUUGAAUGAUCUCCCGCCACCCCCUAAAUAAUUAUAAAGAAACACUCGCCUGCUCACCCAGCAUCCACCUAGAAAAACCUUGCUGGAUCCACCCCCAAUGAGAAUUGGUUGCCACCCAAAUAAUGGCGGAUAUUCAUCAUCUUGAGAAAGGCUAAUUCUUAAUAUGUUUUGCUAUAAAACUGUAAUGGUCCAGUCCUCGUAUUUUAUUAGAGCUUGUAAAACCUGAAACAUUUUAAUUGAUAACCUUCAAGACAGAAACAUUGGUUUUUAUGCUUUUAAAUCAGGACUGAAAUUGUAUUAUAAGAACGCACUGUUGAACACGUAUAACUGUGAUGAUCCUCGGACUUGGAAAUCUGUCUGUGUUAAAUGCAAAAGGGCUAGAUCCUUUGAUGCUGUUUUAAACUGUUGUUAGUUGUUAGUUUAGCCGUUUUGUAAUUGUGUUGUUCUACUUAGAUUGUUUCGUUAUUCAAUUAUUUGAACAUAAUUUUUAUGUAAAUAAAGGGGUCGCCAUAAUUAGGGGAACCUGUGGCAAACUUCCUUGGCCCUAUAUUAGUUGCAGAAUCUCAGAAUCUUAUUAAAAUUUAAUUAUAGUUGCAGAAUCUUAUUAAAUUAUAAUGUAUACUCAUUUAUCAAUGUACAUGCUCUGAAAAUCAUCUUCCACACCUGCAAAAGUGUGGGGUUUUAUGAGGGCUUUAGACAGAAAAACAUAUCACAGCAUUUUACUGUACUGUGCAAACUACUCAAUGCAUUAAUGCAUUCGUUUCUUUUUACAGAAGUAUAUUCCAAACCGCACAACUCCUUUACAAGAAUGUACAAUACCUAUUAAUGAACUCGAACUACCAUUUGGUGAUGCAGAAGAUUGUUCUUCAUAAAAUAUUUGGUUACAGUGAUUUCAGGCAAAUGCAAAGAGAGGCCAUUGAAACUAUCAUUGCAAGUAAAGAUUCACUAGUAUUGCUGCCAACCGGGUCUGGUAAGACUGUUAAGAUAUUGCGAUCGCCGGUGUUGAGAGGGGAGUGGGACGGAGGAAGUGAAACGGCGAGGAAGCUUCGCGGAAUUGGAAAGAAAGAAACUAAAAAAGCGAACUUGUUAUGUUAA